GUGCAACACAUUUUGCUCUGUGUACUGGAGCAGGAACGAAGCCUGGGGAUUCAUCCUUCUGGCCUGCAGAGGAGACAAAAGCAACAUGAGCACUGCAGGAAAAGUCAUAAAAUGCAAAGCAGCUGUGCUAUGGGAGAUAAAUAAACCCUUCUCCAUCGAGGAGGUGGAGGUCGCUCCACCUAAGGCCCAUGAAGUUCGUAUUAAGAUGGUGGCCGGAGGAAUCUGUCGCUCAGAUGACCAUGUGGUUACUGGACACCUUGAAUUUCCUCUUCCUAUAAUUCUAGGCCAUGAGGCAGCUGGCAUCGUGGAAAGCAUUGGAGAAGGGGUGACUUCAGUAAAGCCAGGUGAUAAAGUCAUCCCACUGUUUACUCCCCAGUGUGGAAAAUGCAGGAAUUGUAAACACCCGGAAAGCAACUUCUGUUUGAAAAACGAUUUGGCACAGCCUCAGGGCACCUUGCUGGAUGGCACCACCAGGUUCACCUGCAGAGGGAAGCCCAUCCACCACUUCCUGGGCACCAGCACCUUUUCCCAGUACACAGUGGUGAAUGAGAUCUCCGUAGCCAAGAUCGAUGCAGCUGCACCACUGGAGAAAGUCUGCCUCAUCGGCUGUGGAUUUUCCACCGGUUAUGGCUCUGCAAUCAAAGUGGCCAAGGUCACCCAGGGCUCCACCUGUGCUGUGUUUGGCUUGGGAGGAGUUGGCCUCUCUGUUAUCAUUGGCUGCAAAGCUGCUGGAGCAGCCAAGAUCAUUGCAGUGGACAUCAACAAAGACAAAUUCAAAAAGGCCAGAGAGGUGGGUGCCACUGAGUGCAUCAACCCCCAAGACUAUGACAAACCCAUUGAGCAAGUGCUGAAGGAAAUGAGCAAUGGAGGCGUGGAUUUCUCCUUUGAAGUCAUUGGUCGGCUCGACACCAUGGUAUGUACCAAUACUUGCUUUGGUAGCUCACCUUCUGCAACCUGGAAUAUGCUUCUAGGCUAUCAAAUAUCGAUAUUAUGAGUAACUAUAUUUUAG